AUGCUGUGCAUCCCGAAAUCGAACCACAAGAAGCUGGUAGAGGAUUGCUACCCAGCUUCAAAGGCUCUAGAGUCGACCGCUCCAGAGUACCGCCCAAACUCGAAUGAACUGGGACGGCUUUGCUACUAUGCGGCGCGCAAACCUGCCAAGCUCACCAAAGUAGGCCAUUUGCUUGCCGUCCGCAUUGCCUUGGACGCGCGUUCACUUCGCAGCGUGCGCACGGAGAAGAUUAAAGCGUACGUAUGGGGCGUUACUUACCGCAGCGCUCUCAUGAUCACGCUUGGUAUUUUGAAGGAACUCGCCGCGACCGGCCAAAACGGUCUGCCGUACCUCGCGCAGGCCGCUCAGCUAGUUCUCUCUGAGUCCAUCCAGGCUGCUGAGCCGAACGUAACGAACGGUACAUGGGACACUGACAUAAUUGGGCGCGUCGCCACGACCUUCUCUGCGUUUGUGCGCGAAACACCCGCGAGCAUGCUCGAAGUCGACGAAAACGUCGCGCGCUGCGUGUUUACCGUGCUUACACAGGUCCAACCGCUUGUCGGAUCCAUGGUCGACGAACACACGCGCCUCGUGGGCCUUGGUGCCAUGGCCGGUGUCGUUGAGUCGCCGGUUCUGUAUACUUCUGCCUUUUCACGGUUCACCGAACUCAUGCUCCCGAGUAUUUUGGAUACGAUCAGUCUGAAGCACAUUCCUUUAGAGGUGCUUGCGUCGCACACGUCGCGCACCGAAGGCAUCCCGACGCUCAGCAGCACUGCAGAUGCCAAUGCCGAAACCACGGCGUGCGCAGCGCUCCUACUUCUCUCGUACAUUGCACAAGGCGCCGACGCGAACCAGCUGCGUACGCUCGUAUGCCAAAUUACGCGCUUCCUCGACACCAGCGCGCAGGACAUGUACACGAACGAGGAGUGGUUCCCUUGGCUCAUGGGGAUGAUCACCAACUGGGCGACGCCUGCAUCGCGCUACGUUAUCCCUCACACGCUUGUCAACAUUCUGGAUACUUCUUCUAUCCCUGGUGGGCGCGAUGUGCGACUCUUGCAGGCGCUGCACUUGAUCCUCGUCGACGGCACCGAGGUCGUCGGACUUAAUAUGACCGAGUUGCUCGACGGCCACCUUCAGUUUUUGCUUGUGCAUGUCCAGCGAGAUGCACAGGACCCCAUCAUUGGCUCGACGAUUGAGGCGAUUGGCCGCCUUGCACAGCACACGAUGUAUGCAGACCAGCUCGCCGACUUUGUGCGGCAGAUCAAUGCACGCAUCAUUGUGCUUCAAAACGUCUCCGCCAAGCUCACGCAGCUGCAGCGCGACGAGAGUAUUCGCGCGCUCCUCUUCUCGCUCAUUGCCAUCUUCUGUGCCACGCCAACAGAGCGCAUUAGCGCACCCGUGUCGCUCUCUGUGUGGGAUGGUACCGAGUCGCUGCUUCUCGCCGAUAAUGCCGCGGUGCGUGUGACAUACCUCCAAACACUACUCAUUUACUUGGAUAUCUGCACAAAGCGUAAAAUGCAAGUCGUCCAAGGCGAGGCAAGGUAUGCGCCGUUGGGCGACGGCAUCCGCUUCCUCUAUGCCUUGAUUGCCAAUGCCUACGUCAACCUGUCCCGCCUAAUGCUUGCGCCGGGCUCGCAGGAAGCUGCGCGUGCGAUGGAACUCAGCAAAGGACGCUACAACAUCGACAGCAUCAAUGCCAUCCCCGCAGAUUACGCCGCGUUCCUCGCCGUGCUCGAAUCGUUGUACACCACGCACCCUGCUUCGGCGCUCCUUGCGUCCGUUCCUGCGCUCCUCGCACUGGAUCGCGUCGCUUCCACGUCCACCGGCGCACUUGCGCAGCGCCGCGCAUGCCGCUGGGUCGUUGGACGUGCGCUGUGCAAGCUUGGCGUGAUUUGGGACGCGCAGCGCCUCGUCCUCUUUGCCCAGCAACACGUCCUCGUCCAUGUGCAGGACAUGCUUCUUUCCAUGCCUACCCUCGAGGCGCAGUACCAGCCAGAGCCCGUGUUCGACAUGUUUGGCGAUGGCGUCGGCAGCUCGUUUGAGGCCGUGUCGGACCUCGACGCAACUGCCGAGCUCCUGGCGCAGAGCGCUACGCUCCAAGUCGCCGCAAACUGCAGCGAAGCCGCGCUCCGCCAAUGGCUUUUGCGCGCAUGGACAGUUUCGGUGGGCAUUCAGGACGCAGAGAUCGGUGCACUGCCUUUUGGCGAAGCUCGUAUGCGCGCGGCAAGUCCACAACUUGCGACGCAGUCGGCCUCUAGUCCCCUCAAGCGCGAGGAUACGAUGAAUGUGAGCGAUCUACGCAUGGCACUGAUGCGCCAUGGUGCUGCGUCUCAACCGUCCCAGGCCCAUGCGAACUUGAAGAGUGAGCGCCGCCGUACACAGAGCAUGUUGGGUUCGCCCGUCGACUUGCGCCCGAGCGUAUCCUCCCUCAUGGACAAGUACCAAGUAAGCAAAGGCGUACCAUCGUCUGAACAACACAACUACGCACUGCCAGCCUCUGCGCGAAGCGCAGAUGUAGACGCGACUGUUUCUGGUGCUCUUUAUAGUCAGCGUGCCGUACCCGUAGUCUAA